AUUUCUUGAAAUUUUAGGAGGGGAUGAGAUUUUUUUUCUAAAUAAGCUUUUGUUUGAAGCUUAUAGGCGCACGCCUGCAGGUACAGAGAGCGAGAGACGUGAUGGGUGAGGUGGUGUUGAGCAGCGAGGAACGGGAAGCUAGAGUAGAGAGUCGGACAGAGGAGGAGGAGGAGGAGGAGAUGGAAAAGAGUGUGACAGAGAUUGGCAUGGAGAAGAGGAAGAAGAAUAAGAAGAGGACAAGUGGGAAUUCGAGUGGGGUUGUGCGGUGGGAAAGGUUCUUGCCGAGGAUGAUGCUGAGGGUGUUGCUGGUUGAGGCUGACGAUUCCACAAGGCAGAUUAUAGCCGCUCUUCUCAGAAAGUGUAGCUAUAGAGUUGCUGCCGUUCCUGAUGGCUUAAAAGCAUGGGAGAUACUGAAAAGGAGAGCCCAUAACAUAGACCUCAUAUUGACAGAAGUGGAUUUACCAUCAAUAUCUGGAUUUGCUCUUCUUACUCUAAUAAUGGAGCAUGAGAUUUGCAAAAACAUCCCCGUUAUAAUGAUGUCUUCACAGGAUUCAGUCAGCACUGUUUAUAAAUGCAUGUUGAGAGGUGCUGCUGACUAUCUUGUUAAGCCUAUUCGGAAAAAUGAGCUGAGAAAUUUGUGGCAGCAUGUUUGGAGACGACAAUCUUCAAAUGUUGGCAAAAAUGAUCCCCAAGAUGAAAGUGUUGGAGAAGAAAAUGCAGAAGCCACUUCUGAAAACAAUGCUGCUAGCAACCGUUCAAGUGGUCAUAUGGCUUGUGGACAGAGAAAUAACGAACUAAUUGAAAAAAUGAGUGAUUCUCAGAGCUCUUGUACAAAACCAGAGUUGGAAACUGAAAGUGGUCCCAUGGACAACACGAAGGAAUUUUCUCAACCAAGAUGGGGAAAAUUGUUUCCAAGUGACAUAAAAUUGCAAAAUAAUGAAGCAUGCAUCCACUUGGGUCAUAAUUUUCCAAUGCAUGAGACUGAAGCUGGGGGAUCAGUGGUAGACGCCUGCAAGGAUGAUGAUAACAAAACUACUCUUGGCAAGGAUGCAAAACCUGAAAGUCAAAGGAGGGAUGACAAUAUCAGCAAUGAGGCCUGUGACAAUAACUAUGCCAUUGUCAACUCUUCUAGAGAAACCACUGACUUGAUAGGAACAUUUCAUAACCAUCCAGGUUGUACUGAUAAAGGCAUAGGAGAGUUUGAUUCUUCGCCACAAUUAGAUCUUUCUUUGAAACGAUCUCAUCCCAAUGGCUUUUGGAAUGAACAUACUGGAGAAAGGCGUACCCUUGGGCAUUCUAAUGCCUCAGCCUUUACACGGUACACUAACAGGCCAUUACAAACCCCAACCCCACAAACAACAGUGGCUAAUGCUUCUAAUCACCAGAAAGAGUACGGAUCAAAUUCUGAGAAAAUGUUAUCCAAUAUUGAUACUGUUGGCAUCACACGAAGUACACAGAGAAGUAUUAUCACUCUGGCUACUGGUCAAUCUAAAGAAUCUGAAGUUGCAACUUCGUGCUCUCAACAGAGAGUAUUUCCGUUGACCGUUCCAGUGAAAGGUGUACAAAGCAAUAAUCUAUGCGUUGGCUUUGGCUCUGCAUUUUCUCCAAUAUUUUGUACGCAAUCUGGUCCAUCACCAAUGCCAAGUCCAAGUUUAUUCUCCCAGCGGAAACCCUCCUUUCAGAUGAAUAUGUUUUAUCAGCACAAUCUUGAAAGUAGAAACUUUGAGCAGCAGUAUAACCCACAUACUCAAAAUAGAAAUGAUGCUGUGAAUCAGACUAUGCACAUGCAGGAAAACAAAUUGGAUUCCUUGGAGGACCGAGGACAUAUAUCUCCACCCACUGAUCAGAGUGCAAGUAGUAGUUUCUGUAAUGGGGGAGCAAGUCAUCAUAAUAACAUUGGUUAUGGAAGUGCUUGUGGGAGUAACAGCAAUGUUGAUCACAUUGCUUUUGUCAGGGCUGCUUCAGAGAACAAAAACGAAGAAGGUAUUUUCACUCUAAGUGGAAGUUCUCAUCGGUCUGUACAAAGAGAAGCGGCUCUAACCAAGUUUCGAUUGAAGCGUAAAGAAAGGUGUUACGAGAAAAAGGUUCGAUAUGAGAGCAGAAAAAAACUUGCUGAGCAGCGUCCAAGAGUAAAAGGACAGUUUGUUCGGCAAGUGCACAUGGAUCCCUCACACUUAGAAACUGAUGGUGAUUCCUUUGAUGGUUAGUAGAUAGCUCUAUUCAGCUUCUGAGAGUCAAAAACCAUUGUAUAUUUCUGCCUUGGCCUUUAUUAAAGCCAGGGAAGCAAAAUGCAUGAUAGAAUACUACUUACUACUAGUACAAAGAUGUUUUCUAACUCGAAUUCCAUAUUAAUAUUCAUUCCUGUUGGAUGUUAGUUCAAAUUAUCAAA